CUCAGAUAGUCAUUUGUGAAUCUUUGGUUUUGAGUCAUCUUCCUCGUCUGGCUGCUGCAGGACUCUAAACUUCUUUUCAGUUUGUUGUCAACUUGUGUUGGAGAGAUUUUAUUUCUCUUUCAGUUUUUUUUUAUUUUAUUAUUUUUUGGGGGUUCUCCAUCAUGCUUCGUUAUUUUCUUGUGUGUGGGGCUCUGCUGUCAUUGGCCAUACAGCUGUUGGUUGCCAUGGAAACAUGUCCUUCAACCGGGAUGCCUGGGAUGCCAGGUAUUCCUGGACUUCCUGGCAGAGAUGGUCGUGAUGGAGAGAAAGGACAGAAAGGGGAUCAAGGAGAAAUGAGGAAUGGUGACCGCCAAUUUGAAAAGGGACCAAAGGGAGAGCCGGGUCCAGUUGGACACCCGGGUAAAAGAGGUCAGAGUGGUGAACCCGGGAAGCCAGGCAUCCCAGGACCAGAUGGACCUCCAGGAGAACAAGGAGAAGCUGGGACUGUUGGAGCUCAGCAGAAGGCGGCCUUCAGUGUAGCCAGGGGAACCAACAAUUACCCGGACAAAUCCAGCAUUAUUCGAUUCACCACAGUCAUCACUAACAUCAACAAUGACUACAAUACAGAUACAGGACGCUUCAGGUGUCGGAUCCCAGGAACGUACUACUUUGUGUUCCACGCUUCAUUAGAUGAAAGACUCUGUGUGCUGUUGAAAGUCGAUGACACACUGCUGACAUCGUUCUGCGAUCAUGUCAGUGUCAAAAGACAGGUGACUUCGGGCGGCCUGGCAGUCCACCUGGAAAAAGAUCAGGAGGUUUGGCUGGAGACUAAAGACUACAGAGGGAUGAGAGGAACACAAGGUGCUUACAGCAUCUUCUCUGGCUUCCUUCUGCACCCUCACUGAAACACUGAUGGAGAACACAAAAUUCAUACAAAACAAUCUUUUACUUGUUUUAUGACUGAUCCUUUCACCCCUCAAAAAAGCACAUAAAAGUUAUUCUUCUUCAUCUCAUUACCUGUAUCUGUAACUCUUAAUGAUAUAACCACCAAAUCACAGUUUUAUGUAGUGAUUUUGUUGAAUUUGCUGGUAAGGAAAAUAUAAAUUUAAGAAAACUCCAAAAUAUUUGUCAGUGUGGAUGAAAAGCUAAUGACUAAACUUAUAUCAAGUUUACUGAAUCAGUUUCUCAAGUUCAGUUGAAUUACUUAAUUGGUUUUAGCGUUUCAAGACAAAAAAAUAAAAUAAAAUAGAACUUUUUUAUGGCUAGUUGCAGACAAGACUUUAUGUGAGUUUUGUGAUGAUUACUGACCUUUUCCCACCACUAUCCACUUAGCCCAGCCCGACACCAACACUCCCGAUUUGUAGGUUCCCAUUAGGAUUUUCCUGGGGUAAUAGGUACAUUUUUAGCACCUACUCCGUCGAGGUUCUGAAGGUGUGGAGCCGGGUCAGAAACUGUGACUUGUCAAGAUAUCAGGCCACUAUUGGCCAGAAUUUAACAACAUGGGAUGAGUCUUGAGACUGACUUCUGACCCCGCCAUCUUUAAAAUUCCAGUGAUUGUGAAUAAUAACAUUGGUAGCAGCGGCAGCAGUGAUGCCGUUUCAAAAACAAUCACCAUGGUCCAACACAGAGGUAAAGAUCUUUAUGGACUUGUUGGCCAACAAAAACAUCUAGAGCAAGCUGGACAGCACAACUUGUAAUGAGAAUGUUUUCCAGCAAAUGAGUCUUUGCUCUGUGUGUGUCACAAACAAAUGACUUCAUGAUAUUGCUAAGAUCACCCCAUCCACACUGAAUCACAUAUCCUUUCUUCAAUUGCCCUCUUUUGUAAUGGGAACACUCAAAUCCAAGAUUGCAUGGUGUCUGCAGAAUUAAGAUAGGGCUAAGUGGGUACUACUGGGAGAGGGCCAUGUCAGAUUUCAGGAUUUCUGAAUGGAUUUCAGGGAUUUCACCCCUAAAAAACAGGUUUUUCUCUAAAUGCAAUGAAUGAAUGAAUGCAAUAAUGUUGUCUUGUUGUCAUUCUUCUUUGUAGUAGAUGGUACAUUAUCAGGUUUAAUCAAGUCCAUUGUAUUUGGUCUGAUGUGCCCAAUAAACUCAAAUGGAAAGCUUAUUGCUGAAACAACCAAAA